AUACCUUUAAUUAUGGCCAAUCCAUCAAAUAUAAACUUCGGUAAUAAGUUUGUAAAUACCAUUUCAACUAGUGCUGAAGCCAUAGGUUCAUAUUUACCCUUUUUAAAUGCGUUGAAUGCUCUGGUUAAAGAAAUAAAUCAAAUAUACGAGAACGCAGAAUGUAAUAAAGAAAUUUGUUUAAUUAUGACGGAUCGAGUAGCAGUUGCAGAAGCUGCUAUAAGAACAAUGUUAGAAAGAAAUCAUAGCGAAGAUUUUUAUCAAAAAUAUUUGUUGUCCCUAAAAAGAUUUGAAAAUAAUUUGAUAAAUAUUAAGGAAUUUACUAAUAAAGUAUCAAAGCUCGAAGGCUAUAGAAAAUAUUUAAACGCAACAGAAAUUAAAAAAACGUAUGAAAAAUUAAUAAAAGAUUACGAUACAUCUAUGAACGAUCUACAAUUUACUAUAGCAGUUGUUAGAGAAAAUGCAAAUCAAAAUGUAGAUACAUCUUUAAGGAACGUUGACGAG